CGCAGCCUAAUGAUUCUCAACACACUCGCAGCCUAAUUAGUGGAAAAUACGAAAUGAAUACAGAAAAGCGCCAGCGAAUACGCACUUUCUAGCUUCUCUCUAUUUCCUCUUCAUCUCUUCUCUUCUCAAAGCUAUCUCCAAUGGCGUUUCCAGUAAAUCUAAUCCUCACCCUUAUCUUCUUCUUCCUCUCUCUCCUCCACCUCUUUCUAGCUGCCUUCACUCCACCCGACAACUACCUCCUUAACUGCGGCGCCAACAUCAACGCCUCCUUCUUCUCCACCCGCUCCUUCCUCGGCGACUCCUCAAAACAAGCCUCAACCUUUCUCUCCGCCGAUCGAUCCAUCUCCCUCUCCGACCAAAACCCACCUCCGGAUUCUCCCCUCUUAUACCACACAGCCCGCAUCUUCCCCGGCGGAUCAUCUUCACCCCCAUCUCCCGCCUACAGACUCCACCUCACCAGCAACAGCACUCACUUCAUCCGCCUCCACUUCGCCCCCUUCAAAGCUUCAACCUUUGACUUAAAUUCAGCGAAAUUCUCCGUCUUGGUUAAUGGGUUCUCCGUCUUGAACAGCUUCGGCGCUAACUCCGUCGUAGUCAAAGAGUUCAUACUCAAAAUCGAUUCCCCUGUUCUCGAGAUUUCGUUUCUCCCCUCGAAAGCAUCCACUUUUGGAUUCGUCAGCGCGUUAGAAGUCUUCUCAGCUCCCAAAGAUUACAUAAUCGAUCAAGGCACUAAGCGCGUAGUCCCCAACUCCGCUCAAAUCUUCAGCAACUUAUCGUCCCAAGUUCUCGAGACGGUGCACAGAAUCAACGUCGGCGGUUUGAAGCUAACUCCGUUCAACGACUCGCUCUGGAGGACGUGGCUCGUCGACGACGGCUACCUUCUCCUUAAAGGAGCUGCGAAGCGCGCGUGGACCACUCACUCUCCGAAUUACCAGAGCGGCGGCGCGACGAGGGAGAUUGCUCCUGACAAUGUUUACAUGACAGCGCAGGAGAUGAACCGUGAUAGCCAGGAGCUGCAGGCGAGGUUUAACAUCAGCUGGGAGUUCCCCGUUGGUUCGAAACGAGUUCUUCAUUUGGUUCGUUUGCAUUUUUGUGACAUCGUUAGCUCGUCGCUUAACCAGCUCUACUUCAAUGUCUUUAUCAAUGAUUAUCUCGCGUAUAGAGAUGUUGAUCUCUCCGCGUUGAACUUCCAUGUGCUUGCUUCUCCUUUUUAUAUUGACUUUGUUGCUGAGUCUGAUCGUGAUGGGAUGGUGAGGAUAAGCGUUGGACCGUCUGAUCUCAGCAAUCCUGCGAGGGCUAAUGCUAUACUGAACGGAGUGGAGAUCAUGAGGAUUGUGAAUCCCGUGGGUUCCAAAGUGGGGUAUGGGAAGAAGCACGUGGUGUGGAUCGUUGCCGGCUCGGUGUUGGGGAGUCUUGUGUUCUUGUCUCUCCUCGUCUUGUUGGGUUUGUGCUUAUGCAGGCCCAAGAAGAAUAGAACCAAGAGGUCAGAGAGCACCGGGUGGACGCCUUUGAGGAGGUUCAGAAACAGCUCCAUCAGUAGAACGACCGAAGGAACUGUGAGCUCCAACGGCUACCAAACUCUGAGAAUCUCUUUCGCUGAGAUACAGUCAGGAACCAAUAACUUCGACAAGAGUUUAGUGAUCGGAGUUGGAGGAUUCGGGAUGGUCUUUAAAGGCUCUCUCAAGGACAACACCAAAGUAGCGGUCAAGAGAGGCGUCCCCGGUUCGAGACAAGGCUUACCAGAGUUUCUCUCGGAGAUAACCAUUCUCUCCAAGAUCCGUCAUCGGCAUCUCGUUUCACUCGUUGGAUACUGCGAAGAGCAGUCUGAGAUGAUCCUUGUUUAUGAGUACAUGGACAAAGGACCGCUCAAGAGCCACUUAUACGGUUCCACCAACCCUCCUUUGUCUUGGAAGCAACGGCUUGAGGUCUGCAUUGGUGCAGCAAGAGGUCUUCAUUACCUUCACACCGGUUCUUCGCAAGGAAUCAUCCACCGUGAUAUAAAGUCCACUAAUAUCUUGCUAGACAAUAAUUACGUAGCCAAAGUUGCGGACUUUGGACUGUCGAGAUCCGGUCCUUGUCUUGACGAGACUCAUGUCAGCACAGGGGUUAAAGGAAGCUUUGGUUAUCUUGAUCCUGAGUACUUUAGGAGACAGCAGCUCACUGAUAAGUCCGAUGUUUAUUCGUUUGGAGUUGUUUUGUUCGAAGUUCUCUGCGCUAGACCAGCCGUUGAUCCGUUGCUUGUAAGGGAGCAAGUGAACUUAGCAGAGUGGGCUAUUGCGUGGCAGAAGAAAGGAAUGCUAGAUCAAAUCGUUGAUCCGAACAUCGCUGAUCAGAUCAAACCGUGCUCGUUGAAGAAGUUUGCGGAAACCGCGGAGAAAUGCUGUGCGGAUUACGGUGUGGAUAGACCGACUAUAGGUGAUGUUCUGUGGAACUUGGAACAUGUGCUUCAGCUUCAAGAAUCAGGACCAUUGGCUGAGCCUGGAGAAGCUUGUGGAGAUGUCAAUGGCUCGGGGGCGGCAAGGCAGGGUCCGUCUAGUGACUCGAACGCAGAGAGGGACAGUGGAGAUGGGACUUCGGGUAUAAUUGAUAGCAGCCAAGUGUUCUCUCAGCUCAUGAACAACGCUGGCAGAUAAUAAACAAGUCACUGCUUUAUAGAGAGUGUUUAUAGUCAAAUACAUAAACCGGGAAAACCAAAGUGGUGUACCGGUAUAUCUCAGAUUUGGUUUGUGUGCGGUAUAAUUCGGUUUGUAUAACGUGUAGAGUGCCUAGUGUUGAGUUGAAUGUAUUCUUCAAUUUUGUGUAACUUUUUGUAAUACGGAUGAAGCAAAACUGGGAAUAAACAUCAUAUUGCUUGUGUU